AUGGCGGACGCUGAGUCUGAGAACUGGGAGGACACGUCAAAGACCCAAGGAUGCCGGAGGAUUCUCGAGACCCUCCAGGGGGCUAUUGAACAAUUUCAAUACAACCCCAGACUUACUAUUUCGGAUAAUUUGAAGAUUGGUUUUUUCACUUCAGACCAUGCUACUCAGACAGAUUGCAGUGAAAUUUUGCCAUUGAAAGAUUUGACUCAAUCAACAGAAAAAUUAAUGCAGAUGAUUACCUCACUUCAGGUGGAUUUUGGAUUCCUCAAAGAUUUAGUUCAACUGAAGUUUGAGGACCGACUUAAAGAGGAGUCUUGGAAAAUUGUCAGUGUGCUUCACGACAGGAUUUUAGAAAUGAAAAAAUAUUAUCAACAGUCUGAAGACACCAUGAGAAAAAGCUUUCAGCAACAGCUAAGUGAUGCCAUCGCUGUUAUCAGAGGGAUGUACAAGAAAUUCUUUGAGAUAGAAGAAGAAAAGGCUGCCCUGCAAGAUGAAGCAAACGUCAGAAUGAGCUUUCUAGCAAAAAAGCUGAAAGAGAAAGAAGAAAUUCUUAAGGAUUUAAGAAAUGAACUUGAACAAUAUGAAGAGAGUGGAGUUAAAAAGGUUGACAAUCUAGGCAAGGAGGCCAGCUCUCCAAGGCCAACCUCAGAAAAAGAACUUAUGGAAUGCAAGAUGGAGAACGAGAGGCUGCUGCAGGUGAUUGCGAUGCUGGAGGAGGAAGCGCAGAAGAGACUGAAGGAAAACUCAAUACUAGAGGAUGAAAUUAUAUGUCUGAAAGAGGUCGCAGACCAGGAUCAGCGGACUAUUCAAAAGUUAAUGGACAGCAGAGACAGACUGAGAUAUGAGUUGGAUUGUGAAAAAUUAGCCGUUCAAGAUAUGAUCAAUAAGCAGAAAGAAGACAUGGAAUUAAGAAGAAAGUACGCCAGUAUAAGCGCCAAGAGAACAACCAAAGGAAGAGAAUCUGCUUUCUACUUACGACCUUCGAGCCAUCAAUCCAAGAAUGUGACAUCAGCAACUGAAAGCGAUCAUUUUAUAAGGCCACCUUCUGCUUCCCUCAGUGUAUCACCGAAGCUCAAGAAGAAGAUAGGAAAGAGAUACAUUGGUGCUGCUGUUAUGCCUACUCCUGUUCGUGCUGAAACUCCGGCUCCUGCUGCAGCGCCCACUCCUGGGGUUCCUGUCAUGGCGGUCACCACUCCUACUGUCAUUACCAAUUUCCUCGCAAAGUCCGAGAAGGAUAAGCAUGUUACAUUUCUACUACCUCACAUGGUGUCUGAAGAAGUGUUUUUAAAUUUACAGAUGCUUAAGGAUGAAGACAAGAGAGUUAUGCAGGAGGAAAUAAAAACAUUAAAAACUACACUGGAGAAUGCAAGGAAGAAAAUAGAAAGGAUUCAAAAGGACACUGAUCGGAUCAACAAAAACUGGGAGAGGAAAUAUCUCAUCCUCAGGAACAGUUUUCACGCCCUGAAGGAUGAGAUGUUCACCAGACACACACUUUUCCGGCAGUUUGCAAUGAUUGACGACACCUCUUUCAACUAUGUUAAAGUUAAGCCCGUGUUUGUGCACUCCUCAAUGAACGUGACAGAGUCAUCCUCUGCUACAAAUGCUUUUCAGACAACCAUGAUGGAACAUAACUUUGUGGACAUACCCAGUGACCAGGUGACCAUUACACGCCUGCCAAAAGCACUACGCUGGACAGACAGGGCCCUGACACCAAUAAGAACAAUUCUCAGUGAGAGCGAGGCUGAAUCUUAG